AUGACCUUCCCUCCCCCUCCCCCUUCCUCCCAAUCGUCGAUUGCUUCUGGCACCGAUAAGUCUUCCUCGACCAGGCCUCCACGGUCACAGCAGUCUCCCUGGGGUCUGCCCGUGUCGCAGUCGAGUGUUCGCCGGGGGUUGACACCGCUUGCGACCAAUAUUUCCAACCCCUCUGUUUCUACCCGCGGGCUGCCUCAGACGAAUAGCCCUGGUCCCGGCAUCUCAACCUCAUCCCCUCUCACGUCAUCAUUCUCCGCCGUCCUGAGCUCCUCAAGGGGUCAUCCACUUGGUCGGGGCAUACCAUCACCAGCCUCCACUCCAGGACCCUUUGCUUCGUACCAAUCUGGCUCGCAGCAAAACCAGUCGCUCCCCGGUCAAUCUCUCUCUUCUCCCAAAAUCAGAGCUCAUACCCCGUCCUCAGGGUCACAUCUGGCUUCCGCAGCGGGCUCCGUCGUGGGUGGUGGAGGCUCCGGGGGAGGUGGAGGCGGGACGGGUUCUUCCAGAGGCGCAACCUUCUCUCCGCUGCUGUCCGGCACAACCGUGAAUUCACCGACCGGAUUCCCCUCCGACAAACCUGGUUCUGCAGCGGCUCACGGAAGUCAAUCAUCGCUGGCGAAAAUAUCCAUCGCUCAGGUGUUCCUGCUAUUAGAUUCUAUUACGGAGAAAGAAGGCCGCGAGAAGUGGGAGACCAAAGCUGCACAAAUCCAUAAGCUUGUUGAGUCGAACGGAAUGGAGGUCUUCUCGAAGUAUUUCCGACGCCUGCUCACAGGCAAUGCUCCUCAGAUCUUCCCGGGCCUGAACAAAUCCGUCGAGAAUGCCGGGAACUAUCCACUUCUGGUUCAGGAGAUGCACAAGGUUUCUCAGGACAUAGAGCAAGCCCAAAAGAUAGUGGACACAGUGGAUGCAUCAGAGGGCGAUAUCUUUCGUGACUUCGACCUUUCAACCUUCCUGGAUCAUUUUAAGCUUGACCCCAUCGUUAAGGUUGCCUUGGCAUUGACCUUUAAGACUGCGAACAAGUCGGAUCUGCGUGUAAAAGCCGAUGCCAUCCUUGCGAACUCGAUCAAUCCUUUCCUCCAGAGUCUAGCGAACCCGUCCGACGUAUCGAAAGACUUCAAUAAUCCAUUUAUUGGUAUCACCAUCGAGCGCUUUAUACUAUAUCCACCUCGCAAUUUCAGCGACGACGUGAAGUCUAAACUGCUAUAUGCUGCCAACCUCCGGUACCAGGCACUGGGAGUGGACUUGCCUUUCGAGGUAGCGUCCGCCCUUCAAAUAUUCAAUUUUGUCAACCCGAAGUACACGUUGAUACGGCAGCUUCAUUCCAAGGGACCAAGGUCUACGUCAAGUCCUGAUGCUGUGAAUGAGGUUGUUUCCUUGGCCGGACCGGAGUGCUGGAACGAGGAAAGUAUUGCAGCUGCCCUUCUUUUCCUGGUCCUGUCUCAAUAUUGGCGAGAAUUUUCCCUGGAGACCUACCUUGCGACUGUUCGAUCCCACUAUAAUGGUCGGCAAAUCAACUGGCCGCUCAUCUUCCAAAAUUUUGAUCGCGAGAGCCUAAGAUUAGAUGCGCGGCAAUUCGCCAAGUUGUAUGCGGCGCUUUUGCCGGUAGCCGCAGAGGAUUCGACCCUAGACAUUCAAAGGCUGUGGGGUGGUGAUUGGGAACACCGUGAUACUCAAAUGUCCUUUUUGACUGCUUUCAUCAACUCGCGAACCGAUGUUUCACAAAUUCCCAACCUCCGGGCUACCUUUCCCGCCGACUUUUUCUCCGACGGCCCAGAACUCGUUCGUUUACAAGGAGAUCGUGCAGCAAAAUCUCCUCUCCGGUCUUUGGAUGUUAUGAGGGCCAUUUUCGAACUAGCUUUGUUCUCGCAACCUGCAUGGGCUGCAACAGAAAGCCAGAUGCUCAUUAAAGCUGUCGUACAGUACGAUCUUCCCGUCUUCUUGUGCUCCGCUUUAGCUUUACCGCAGCCAUGGACCAGCGUCCAGCAGAGUUUCUUACUCCGUACCCUUGCUGUUUUUAUCAUGAAACAAGAAGAGGGUUAUCAGCUGGCUCUCCAUGGCGCCUGGCGUCAGGAUAAACAAUGGGUAGCGGAACAACUCUUUGCUAUGUUCACCCAGGACCCUACCUCCACCGCAGCGAUCUACGAACAUGCGGUUGAGUAUAACUGGAUGGAUUACCUUCUUGGCCACACAAAUGGUCUCGCCAUGGACCUUGCCUGUUACGCUCAUCGAAAAGGUCCGUUCGAAUUGGAACAGUGGGUUCGAAAUACUGCAUCCAAAGGUCUCAUGGAUAUGGGCACUCUUCUGGCCAAGUACCUUCGUAUCAAGGCCGAUGACGAGCUUCGUGUUCAAAGAAGGGAACAGCCUGCUCCUCAGAUGGUGAGCCUGUCAGUCAAAACAGUCUUUACGCUACUGUCGGUUCUAGAAGAAUACGUCGGAGACCGCGAGAAUAUAACCCCCGUGCAACGCAUCUGUAUCCAAACCUACCCUCGAUUGAUCAAUUAUGGUGAAGGGUUUGAUAGUAUCAUCGAUGCAAACGGCGAAAAUGGAAAUGCGUUGCCCGAACUGGUUGACAAGAAGAUGCAAGAGUUGUUCGGCAAAAUGUACCACGAAGAGCUCUCCUUGAGGGAAAUUCUUGAGCUCAUGCGGCAAUACAAGUCCUCUCACGACCCAGCAGAGCAGGAUUUGUUCGCAUGCAUGGUCCAUGGUCUUAUUGAUGAGUACCAUUGCUACCAUGAAUACCCAUUAGAGGCACUUACGAAGACCGCUGUUAUGUUUGGUGGUAUCAUUAACUUCCGCCUUGUUGAUGGUAUUACUCUGAAAGUUGGCCUGGGUAUGAUAUUAGAAGCGGUUCGAGAACACGAUAUCCAUGACCCGAUGUAUAAGUUCGGCGUCGAGGCCAUUGAACAAUUGAUCAACCGCCUACCGGAAUGGGUCGGAUUUUGCGCCCUGUUACUCCAGAUUCCUAGUUUACAGGGAUCACCAAUCUUCCAAAAAGCAGAAGAGGUACUGCGCGAACAAGGAAAUCAAGUCCAAGAAAACGGCCGACAAGAGAGCAUUGCAGGAGGGUCUAUGACGAACGGUAAUGUCGACGAAUCUGCGGUACCGGAUGGCGCGAACCGUAAAUUCCUCUCCAUCCAUGUCGACGCUCCUCUUCGGCCGGAGCUUUACCAGGAACCCGACGAAGAGGUGCAAGACAAGAUCUUGUUUGUACUGAACAAUGUGUCCGAGCAAAACAUUGAUGAGAAGUUGCGGGAUUUAACCGAUGUUCUGAAAGACCCGCAUCAUCAAUGGUUCGCCUCGUAUCUCGUGGAGGAACGUGCCAAAUUGCAGCCGAACUUUCAGCAGCUAUACCUUGACCUUCUGGACCGCAUCGACGACAAAAUACUCUGGGUUGAAGUACUUAGAGAGACGUACGCUAGUACGUCAAAGCUACUUAACUCUGAAGGAACCUUAGGGUCAUCCACCGAAAGGGGUCACCUCAAGAAUCUUGGUUCAUGGCUGGGGUCGUUGACUAUUGCCAAGGAUAAGCCGAUCAAACACAAACAUAUUUGGUUUAAGGGACUUCUGCUGGAAGGGUACGAUAGUCAGCGCCUGACGAUCGUCAUCCCAUUCACCUGCAAAGUGCUCGUUCAGGCUACACGGUCUACUGUUUUUAAGCCACCAAAUCCUUGGCUAAUGGACAUUAUCGCUUUGCUCAUGGAACUUUACCACUUUGCGGAGUUGAAGCUUAACCUCAAGUUCGAAAUUGAGGUUCUAUGCAAGGACCUUGAAAUUGACCACAAAGCUAUUGAGCCUUCUGUCAUCAUCCGUGACCGUUCAACAGCUAUUGAGGACUCGUUGUCAACAGCAAACAUUCCGGAUGGACUGGAAGCGUUUGAGGAUAUGACUCUGACCAGCAUUAGCCAGGGAAUUCGCAACGAGAGACUAUCCCCGGCUGCUAUCAUGUCGACUCUUCCUAGCUUGGAUAAGAUCUUGGUCCUACCGUCUUCUGCAAGCAGCAUGGUUGAUCCCAAUGUUCUUCGGCAGAUUGUGCACUCCGCAGUGGAACGCGCGAUUGCUGAGAUCAUUACACCUGUUGUAGAGCGGUCUGUCACCAUUGCCUCGAUAUCUACUGUUCAAUUGGUUUCGAAGGACUUUGCCAUGGAACCUGAUGAGGAGAAGUUCCGACAGGCGGCUGGGAACAUGGUUAGGCAACUCGCGGGUAGCUUGGCACUGGUAACCUGCAAGGAGCCCUUAAAAGUUAGCAUGACCAACUACAUUCGAAUGAUCCAGCAAGAGUAUUCGGAUCAAUCUAUGCCGGAAGGACUUAUUUUGAUGUGCGUCAAUGACAACCUUGACGCUGCCUGUGGCAUUGUCGAGAAAGCGGCUGAAGAAAAGUCCCUUCCUGAAAUUGAGAAAGUCAUCGAACCUCAACUAGAAGCUCGUCGGCGCCAUCGCGCGACCCGCCCUAGCGAACCGUUUAUUGAUCCGUCCAUGACUCGAUGGGGCCUGUUUAUUCCUGAACCUUAUCGCCAGAACCCCGGCGGUCUGAACAAGGAACAGCUCGCAAUUUACGAUGAGUUUGCUCGCCAAGCUCGCGGCCCAGGAACGGCCCAUGCUCAGAAUGUAUCUACUGACUCUGGACGCCAACUUCCGGACGUUCUUCAAGAAACAUAUCCGCCGAUCCCAAAUCUUUCCACUCCCGCAGAACAGCCCGCUGUUCCGCACAGAACGCCACAACCGCAGCAAGAUACUCGUCUACAGCAGUCCGCUUUAGCCGGGGCCCCCUCUCAACUCAACGGCUUCCUUGAUACGCAGAACCCUCGCGACAGAGUGGAAAGUCUCGUUUCCGAUCUUCAGCAAACAGCACGCAACGCCACUGAGGAACAUGUGAAAGACCUCGGCCGUGAUAGUGCUGUACUUCAAGAAUACAACCAGGUCAUGCGGACUAUUGUAGCAUCACAAAACGGCGAGGAGGUGGCCCGAUUAACAGCGCUCAAGGCAUGCACGAUCCUUUACUCACAAACUCAGAGUACGUUAGAGAUUGAGGUGCUCGUGCACUUGCUGGCCAAGUUAUGUGACAUGUCUGCCCUGGUCGCUCGCUACACCUGGACUGUCCUGGCGGAAGUCGAUGAUGAGCAUAUGUUCAACGUUCCUGUCACCGUGGCUCUUAUAGAUGCUGGACUUUUGGAUAUUCGUCGUGUCGAUAUGAUUUUGACGAGGCUCAUCCUCCAAAAGAACGUCGCUGCGCUGGACGUCCUAGCUGAACUGAUGGACCAAAUCCUCUUCAACGAGGAACCCUCAGCCUUGCGUUCCGAUUUUUCUGGAAGUCUUGAAGCGAUGAGCAAGUGGCUCGCCGAAGAGCCUGGGGUUGCGCGAGCCAAAGAUAUCAUCAAGAAGCUACGAGAAUCCGGAAUCCCCGAAGUUGUGAACCCACUUCUCUCAGAUAAAGCCCGUGCGAAACGGGAUCAGAUGGAGUAUAUCUUCACUGAAUGGAUCGGUAUCUACAAGGCGCCGGGCGCUGUGGAUCGUACAUACUACGCUUUCCUGAAAGAUAUGCACCAGAGACAGGUGAUGGCAAAUCAAGAAGAUUCCGCGCUCUUCUUCCGACUCAGCAUCGACAUCUCGGUCGCGAGAUUUGAGCACGAGUCUCAGAACCCAAGUGGUAGCUUGGAUGAGGCUUUCCUCUACAUUGACGCUCUUGCUAAGCUUGUUGUCUUGCUCGUUAAGUUCCAAGGCGAGGGCACCGGCCCCAUGAAGACUAGCAAGUCGGCCUACUUCAAUUCAAUUUUGUCUGUUCUGCUUCUCGUCCUGAAUCACCAUCAGGUAAUGAGGGGGGAGGCGUUCAACCAGCGAGUUUUCUUCAGGCUAUUCUCAAGCAUACUCUGUGAAUACUCCAUGAGCGGGCUGCAGCAUAGCGACCAGCACCAGGAGAUGAUGUUCACUCUGUCCAAUAAACUGCUGUCUCUUCAGCCCAAGUAUUAUCCCGCGUUUGUCUACGGAUGGUUCUCGCUGGUAUCCCAUCGAUUCUUCAUGUCUAAUAUGCUCAACAUGCCCGACCGAGCAGGCUGGGGUCCCUACUGUGAAAUCAUGCAAGCACAGCUGUCUUAUAUUGGCGAGCAAUUGAAGUCAACGAACAUGACCCUCGUUACAAUGGACUUGUAUAGGGGCAUGCUGCGCAUUCUGUUGAUCCUUCAUCAUGAUUUCCCCGAAUUCGUUGCCGAGAAUCACUUUCAGUUCUGCAACGUCAUCCCUGCCCAUUGUGCGCAGCUUCGCAACUUGGUCCUGAGCGCUUAUCCGUCUUCGUUCCAGAAACUCCCCGAUCCAUUCCGCGAAGGCCUCAAAGUUGAACGCUUAGAGGAGAUGCGGGAGGCACCAAGAAUUGCAGGGGACACCGCUGGCCCACUGCAAGGUGCCGGUAUCAAGAACGUUGUUGAUACUGCCCUUCAGAGCAACAACGUGUCGGACUCGACUAUCCAACAGAUCCGCGAUGCCAUCUAUGAUACAGAGAGCAAGGAGUCUGCUCUCUUCCAUGCUCCGAUCAAUGUUAACGUUGUACUUCUCAACGCACUCGCCCUCUAUAUUGGUCAAGGAGCAGCAUCAAAGGGAAAUACUCGCGCGGCGUUUGAGAGCUCACCCCACUCGGCUUUGUUAGAGAAGCUCGCUAAGAUUCUGCGGCCCGAGGCCCGCUACUACCUCCUGAGUGCAAUGGCAAACCAACUUCGCUAUCCUAACAGCCAUACCUACUUCUUUAGCUUUGCAAUCCUGCGUCUCUUCGGCACAGACUACACGGAGCAAGACGAGUCAGACAUUCGUCAGCAAAUCAUUCGUGUGCUUCUGGAACGACUCAUUGUUCACCGUCCCCAUCCAUGGGGUCUAAUCAUCACCCUCCAGGAGUUGCUGCAAAAUAGUAGCUAUGCCUUCUUCCACCUGCCUUUCAUUCAGGCUGCGCCUGAGAUUGGCCGUCUAUUUGAUGCUCUCCUGCAGCAUAUCCAACAGCAAAGCCCCAGGGCGAUAUCCUAA